GGGGGAGGGACCGGAGCCCGCGCCCACUGGCUUCAUUCAGAGCCGGCCCGGGCGCAGCCGCCGAUGCGGAGCCGCCGAAGCACCGCCCGCUCUACCAGGAGGCCCCUCCGUUCGCCACCUCGGCCCCUCCGCCGCGGGAUGCGAGCGCGCCGCCAGGGCUGAGGCUGCGGGGGUGGAGGGUGGGUGGGCGGCCAUGGGGCUGCCGGCGCUGGAGUUCAGCGACUGCUACCUGGACAGCCCGGCCUUCCGCGAGCGGCUCCGGUGCUCCGAGCAGGAGCUGGAGCGCACCAACCGGUUCCUGAAGGACGUGGUCAAGGACGGCAACGCGCUCAUCGCGGCCAUCAAAAAUUAUUCCUUGGCUGUCCAGAAAUUCUCCUUGACACUCCAGUCCUUCCAGUUUGACUUCAUUGGGGACACUCUGACAGAUGAUGAAAUCAACAUUGCUGAAUCCUUUAAGGAAUUUGCUGAGCUGCUCCAAGAGGUGGAACUUGAGAGAUCCAUGAUGGUGCAAAAUGCCAGUAAUUUGUUAAUCAAACCUCUUGAAAAAUUCCGUAAGGAGCAAAUUGGAUUCACCAAAGAAAGGAAGAAGAAGUUUGAGAAGGAUGGGGAGAAGUUUUACUCCAUGCUGGACCGCCACCUGCAUUUAUCUUCCAAGAAAAAGGAGUCUCAACUUCAAGAGGCUGAUUUGCUGGUUGAUAAAGAGCGACAUGUUUUUUUUGAAUCUUCCCUGGAAUAUGUUUAUCAAAUCCAAGAAGUGCAGGAGAGCAAGAAAUUCAGUAUUGUGGAGCCUGUAUUGGCUUUUCUUCAUAGCCUCUUCACUUACAACAACCUGACUGUGGAGCUCACACAAGAUUUCCUUCCAUACAAGCAACAGCUUCAGCUCAGUUUGCAAAAUACAAGGAAUCAUUUCAACAGUACGCGUGAAGAGCUGGAAGACCUCAAGAAAAGAAUGAAAGAAGCCCCACUGACUUGCAAAUUACCUGGCAAACCAACCAUUGAGGGAUACCUCUAUUCACAAGAAAAAUGGGCACUGGGAAUCUCCUGGGUCAAAUACUAUUGCCAGUAUGAGAAGGAAACAAAGAUGUUAAGAAUGACGCCCAUGGAACAGAAACCAGGAGCAAAACAAGGCGCCACUGUACAUUUGAUUCUGAAAUCCUGCGUGCGAAGGAAGACGGACUCCAUAGACAAACGGUUUUGUUUUGACAUUGAGACAGUUGAAAGGUCUGGUCCCAUCACCUUACAAGCUCCCUCGGAAGCUAACCGACGGCUCUGGAUGGAGGCCAUGGAUGGGAAGGAGCCGAUCUACCACAGUCCCAUCACCAAGCAGGAAGAAAUGGAACUGAACGAGAUUGGCUUCAGAUUUGUCCGGAAAUGCAUCAAUGCAGUAGAGACAAAUGGAAUUGCCACGGAAGGGAUCUAUCGCACCGUUGGGAGCAAUAUCCAAGUCCAGAAGCUCUUGAAUGCCUUCUUUGAUCCUAAGUGCCCAGGGGAUGUGGAUUUCCAGAGCAAUGACUGGGACAUCAAGACUAUUACUAGCUCCUUGAAGUUCUACCUGAGGAACCUCUCUGAACCUGUCAUGACAUACAAGCUUCACAAAGAAUUGGUCUUAGCUGCCAAGUCUGAGAACCUGGAUUACAGGCUGGGAGCCAUUCAUUCCCUGGUUUAUAAACUCCCAGAGAAGAACCGAGAGAUGUCCGAGCUGCUCAUCAGGCACCUGGUCCAUGUGUGUGAACACAGCAGGGAGAAUCUCAUGUCCCCCUCCAACAUGGGGGUGAUCUUUGGCCCCACCCUCAUGCGUGCACAAGAGGACACGGUUGCGGCGAUGAUGAAUAUUAAGUUCCAGAACAUCGUGGUGGAGAUUCUCAUCGAGCACUUUAACAAGAUCUAUUCGGGGCCUCCUGAAGACAAUGCUGCACCCCCUAUCCCACCUCCUCGGGUAGCCACUCGAAGGCAUAAGCCCAUCACCAUUUCCAAGCGCCCCCUGAGAGAGAGACCCCUCUUCUUUGGAGGGUCUAUGGAAGAAAGCGAAGAAGAGGAUAGCUGUGACCGGACCCCGAAUGGCGUAAUAGCUGCCAUCAGCCCUGAUGUUCCGAAACCACUCCAGCGUAGCCAACUGCAGAGGCCGGGAGAGCCUGAUCCAGGAAGGCCCAGCCCAGACAACCGUGGAACUGGGGAACCCUGUGCAGAGGUGGAUGUAGGAAGGCUGGUGUCCAGGCUCCAAGAAGGAGGAGCCAAACUCUCCAGUAAAUCUGCCAACAGCCUCGGGCCAACUCCCAAUUCCGUGAAGGCCUCCAACCUACACCCCAAGAAGCCUGCUCCAAGGCCUGGGGCUGGCUGCAAAGAAGGUGAAUAUGAAAGCUUCACUAAAGCACGGCUUCCUGGCGAGAAACCAGUCAUCACACGACCCCCAAUGCGACCCCCAGAUCCUCCCUGCAAAGCUCCUGUGCCACAGAAGGUGGAGGCCAAGGCAGACCUGGCAGUGGGAACAGCAGCAGAAGCCCCCUCUUCAGUGGUGGCGUCCAGGGCAAAGUUCUUUGAGACAGCUUCCUUCAGGAGAACAAGUUCUUCCUGUCCCCAGGGCAGAUCCCCAAAUGAGGAGGGAUGAAAGGCCCCAGUCUUCUGCAUGGCUGAGCCUGGAUCACGGAUUUGCAACACACGGCGUGUUGCUCUGUAAAUCAGCUCUUUCCAACCCCGCCUUUCAGCAUGCCGUCGUGAACAUCUUGCAUUGUUGUAAGAGAAGCAGAGACAUCCUUGGGAGGGACCAUAGUUCCACCUGCUACUGUAAGAGUUCAAAAAGACAGAGCAACAAUCGGGCCUUCCGCUCCUUCUCCUCCUCCUCUUCAGAAAGUGCUGCUUUCCCCAUGAAGCGUUUGGUAGCAGCUGACUUGGAGCAGCCAAAGAGGGGCCCAUCGGGAGGGGAGGCCCAUUCACCACCUCUGGCCUCUUUUGGGGUCCCUCUUGAAGAGCUGCUACCUGGAUCUAGGAACUGGGCUGCAAGCAGCUUCUGUGCCUCAGAAGUUUUCUGGCUGGGUGGCUCCAAAUGUAUCACAUUGUGUUAUUUUUUUCUUUUCAAAGACUGAGAUUUUGUGCCCCCGCCGCAUGGAGGGCAGGCAUGGGGUUAGCUAUUAACUCAUAAAAGGCUGAAAACAUUCCCAGUAAGACCUCCACACCUCUUAUUGGUUGUGCUUGCACAACCAGCCAAUACUCCGGAGCGUGAAUGGCAGGAGGAAGGAUUUUGAAGCCAGAUGCUCCAGCCCCCCAAAGGGAAAUGGUACCGAAAUUGGAAGUAGAAACCCCAAUGGUGCCCCUCUGUGAGGCUAGUUUCCCUUAAAGUCCAAAGCACCUUCAGGACAUUCCAGGUAGUUUCAUCUUUUGCCAGACCACAUUCCGCUCUCCCACCUUGACCUAUUUCCUCCCCAAAGGGCCCUUCCUGCUUGCCGUAGAGUGAGAUGAGAGCCUGCAUUUAGAUCUGCUUUUAUUCAACCAGCAGCCAAAGGAAGAAAGAGAUGCUGUGGUUGUAGUUGUGUGCCUGCCUGCCUGCUUGUGCUUGUGUGCACGUCUCUCUGCCUCAGGCAUCUGACAGCUUCUGCAGCUCCACUUUGGAUCCCUGCAGAGUCUCUGGACAGGCCCCUCUCCAGGAUUCCCCAUUCCACAAACUGGCAAUUGGUUCUUUCCUAGAAACUUGGAUAAAGCACUUACCUGAAUACUUUUGCACCAGAGAUUUCAGUUCACCUUGUAAAUGUCUCUGAGGACCAGGGUAGAAACCCUCCAGCUAGCACAUUUUAGCCAUGCUUUGCAGAUGCAAGAAAUAAAUGAACUUUUGAGAGUGGCCCGGGAUUGGCAGAUUUCGGGCCCAUUCAUUUCUCUUUAGAAAUAAGCUUGAUACUUGUACCACCCACCACACUCCCAA